AUGGCCGUGAAUGUGUAUUCUACUUCGGUGACCAGCGACAACUUGAGUCGACAUGACAUGCUGGCGUGGAUCAACGAGUCUCUGCAGCUGACGCUGACAAAGAUCGAGCAGCUGUGCUCAGGUGCUGCGUACUGUCAGUUUAUGGACAUGCUGUUCCCAGGCUCUGUAGCACUCAAGAAAGUGAAGUUUCAAGCAAAAUUGGAACACGAGUACAUUCAAAACUUCAAGGUUCUACAAGCAGGUUUUAAACGAAUGGGUGUUGACAAAAUAAUUCCUGUGGACAAACUAGUGAAAGGAAAAUUUCAGGACAACUUUGAAUUUGUUCAAUGGUUCAAAAAGUUUUUUGAUGCCAACUAUGAUGGGAAGGAGUAUGAUCCCGUGGCUGCUCGGCAAGGCCAGGAGACGGUAGCACCAAACCUUGUUGCUCCAAUUGUGAACAAACCCAAGAAAUCUCUCACUUCUAGCAGUGCAGCCCCACAGAGGCCCAUUGUGACACAGAGGACUGCAGCAGCUCCAAAACCUGGUGCUGGGAUGGUGAAGAAGGCCGGGGGGGACGAGGAGUCGGCCGGGCUGAUCGAGCAGAUCAACGUAUUGAAACUUACUGUUGAAGAUCUGGAGAAGGAGAGAGACUUCUACUUUGGCAAAUUGAGGAACAUUGAAUUGAUCUGCCAGGAGAAUGAAGGGGAGAACGAUCCAGUGCUGCAGAGGAUUGUGGAAAUCCUUUAUGCCACAGAUGAAGGCUUUGUGAUACCUGACGAAGGAGCGCCGCAGGAGGAACAAGAAGAGUAUUAACAGACCACAUACUGUACCAGCAGAGCAGCAACAUCAGAAUUCUUUGCCCCAGAUCAUGUGCUUAACUGUAAAAUACUCCACUUUAUUCUUAGAGGACUCACUGGUUUCUUUUCAUAAGCAAAAAAAGUACCUCUUCUUAAAGUGCACUUUGCGGAAGUUUCACUUUUCACAGUGGGUUUGAGUUAGGAGCUCAUUCUCACUUUGUAGCAGAGCAGUAUUUGCAUCUAGGUGGUAUAUUUAGGGAGCAAGAGGCUGAAUAUUUGGACCUUGUUGCAGAAUGGUUUGCUGGUAAAACACUGGUUUGUGGGGAGACUCUUUUUGUAUCUAAGGUGGCGUGUGGUAGAGAAAUUAGACUCUGACUCACAGGAAGAUUGAGUUAAUGUGAAAUUGCAGCACAGAAAUUAUAAUAAAAUGCCUUAAGAGUAUUUAAAAUAUGCUUCCAUAUGCCAAAUUGAAGUAAUGUGACAGGAGAUUUUAUGUGCUUCAUUUUGGGGUAGACGUUUGUUUAACUCCAUUCACUGCUGUCUGAGAGGCCUUGCGUAGCAACCUCCCUGUCAGCCAGUGCUCAAAAGGGGCUAUUAAAACAAAACUCCAUUCCUAUGUAAAGCUGCUUACUAAGUGAUUAGUUCUCGAUGAAAUAGGCCUUAAUGUUGCCUGUCACAAGAUUAGAGGGAGUAUGAACAGCUGAGACACAUAAAUUACCUUGAAGAGUGCUAAAGCCUUUUUCUGUGGCAUUGUGGCUAAUGACUUUGCCAAAAUGUACUGUGUUUUCUGUAAGAAAAAAAAACCAACAAAAGCAAAGGACGUCCAGUCUUACUGCCUACAGUGUUCUUCAGAAGUAACUCUCCUUCCUGGCUUUUGUUUCUAUUUGUCCUGUUUCUUUUUAUUUUCGUUGAUAUGCUGCUUGGUCUCACUUGUUCUUUUCUCUUUCCCAUCCCAAGGAAUGCUGAUCAAGUCCAGUAGCUGUAACAGUGUAAUAACUUGCACUGUGCAGCUAUCUUAGAAUGAAAGUGAAUUGAGCACAUGAGGAUGAUGAAUUUUCUGUCUCUUUAAUUUUUAUUUUUUUUUUUUUAAUUUCCUUUUGAACCAGGGCAAAUCUAAUAACAAUACUUGCCAGUUUGGUAGUCAUCUGGGGUAAAAACUAAAAGAUGCUGGCUAACAGAGCUAAUGUUAUUGCAGAAAAUACAGUACUGAGACUAACUUAAAUAUUAAUAUUUAAAUUCUUUCCUUAACUGUCCUUUUUUGCUCUCAUGCCCCUCAUUACUGUUGUGUUUGGCAAGAUCCUGCAAGACUUCUGAUCCCCCUUCACUACUGAGAUUGAUCAGUCCUGUUGUGCUUGUAUUCAUUUGUUUCUGGUGGUAGCUUGUCCUGAGAUGUGCGUAGGAGAGCAUUUUAUGGUAAUUGUUGUGUAGUGCAUGAAUCUUUGUGAAAUUCCGAGGAAAAACCCAAAUUCAGUGAAUGCCAAAAAUGCAAGUAUCUAGCCAUUGUUUAAAACUGCAGUGGUGCUAUUUCUCUGUGGCCUUUCAGACUUUUGUUGCCCUAAACCUCCAUUUUAUUGAGAAACCAUAUUUGACUUGGAUUUUUCUUGACAGGGUUUUUCUAUUUUAAGCAGUUUUAAAUAAAGUUCUGUAUUUCAAGAG